AUGUCGAACCCGAGGAAGGGCAUCCAGUCCCCAACUGUUCGCUGCGAGUCUGAGCGGCAAGGGUGUUAUCAGCGUACCUUUAUAGGGACAUUCACAAGGUUGACUCAGCUGAGUGUUGAGGAACCUCAUUCCCCGAGUGAACUCCGGCGAAAGCCUUUACGAACGUUUGCGAGGCUCAGACCUCUUCGGGUGCCAGCGGAACGUGGACUCAGGCGUGAGCCUAGGGGAUUUCAAUUGCAGUCCAGGAACAACGUCGCGGGAGGUGGCAACAGGAAGAGACACGUAAAAGGAUACACUUUCCCGUUCCAUCGCGUGAUGGGUUCGGAGGUGAGCCAGGAGGAGGCAUUCAAACAUGUUGCACUGCCUGUCUUGAACAGUUGCAUGGAGGGCCAUAAUGGAUGCAUUUUUUGCUAUGGGCAGACAGGAAGCGGCAAGACCUACACUAUGAGUGGUGGAGAGGGCUAUGCCGAGAGGGGCAUCAUCCCGAGGUGCAUCGAAGAGCUUUUCGCAGCGGUUGAGCGGUUUCAAAGAUCCACUCCUGGAGCUGUUUCGGUGAGCUACUUGGAAGUGUACAAUGAAAAUGCGUACGACCUCCUGUGUGAGAGCGUCAAUCCCAGAACUCCUAUCGAACACUGGCCGAAGCACACUCCCUGUGGAAAACCCGGGACUGACCUAUUGCGACGAUGGAAACUGCAUUUAGUGGACCUCGCGGGCAGCGAGCGAGUUUGGAAAAAGAACCUGAAUUCACAGGUUCUGCAAGAAGCGAAGUACAUAAAUCGAUCAUUGCAUUUCCUCGAGCAAGUCAUCAACAGUCUUCAACUGAAGGCGAGCGGUCAGCGGUUCCAUGUCCCUUAUCGGAACUCGUUGCUCACUUCGGUUUUGCGAGAUUCAUUGGCGGGUAACUGCAUGACGGUUAUGGUCGCUAAUGUGGCAGUUAAUUUGGAAGCGUUUGACGAGAGCGUGGCGACCUGUCGAUUCGCUCAGAGAUGUUCAAGGCUAGUCAAUAAUAUCCGUUGCACAGACCGCGUCGACUGGGAGACUAUGUGCAAGAGGUUGACUCGCGCCAAUAAGGUUUUGAUGGAGAAAAUAAAGACGCUCGAGAAUAAGGCGGAGGCAGGACAUGACUCUCAUCAUACGUGGUCAGUGAGGGAAGUAUUGCAAAAUACCAAUGCUAACCUGGCGAAGCAUCCUAAGGACAGACGAAAGUAUCUCCUUGGUCAUCUCCGGGCUCGAGGAUUGGAUAUAAGAUUCUCUUGCGUUGCAGACUUGUGUGCUAUGAUACAGGUUCUCAAUGCGAAGUUGGAGUUAACUGAUGGCGAAAAGAAGGUGCUGAGGCGCCAGCUGGUUACAGAGCUCCAAAAAAGGCAGGAGGAAACAGUCCAGGUUCGUCUACCUGACGACCCGGGUUCAAUUCUCGAGCCCGGCAUAUUUUAG